AUAAUAAUAUGUAAAUAAUAUAUAAAACGGAUAUAACAACUGGAAAAUGGAUAUAAGAAACAAAUAAACAACUGAAAUUGAAUAUAACGUAAGUUAUAUUCAAUUUGAAUCGUUGCGUUUCUUUGGAUAAAACUCGGAAAUCUACAUCCGGAUCUCGAUCUUGGUUAUUACGAUACUGGUGCUGGAAAUGGCGAGAAAGUUUAAAGGGUUUUACGUUCUUGUUCUGUCAAAUUGUAAUCACUGAAUUGCUGUGUAAUUUUUCGAAACAGAAACGAGUGCAGUCCGCGCAACAAGAGAACGAUGUAAUUGUCCACCGUGUUAACUGUAACCUAUGAUUUAUUUUUAGUUGAAUUUUUUAUGUGUACUUAUUUUUUUGUAAAACGACAAUUAUUUCUAUCCGGUGAAAUAUUUAAAUAAAGUUCGAACAUCGUAAAACUGUGCUGUGUAAUGAUGACAAGUAUAUGUAAUAACAUGAAACUUAAGUGAAUUAAAUUAAUGAACUUUAACAACAGCAAAAGCGAGAAAUUUGAAACAUCUUUAAACAAUCAAUCCAGAAUGCAACCGUGCAAAUUAGACGAAUCAGAAAGCAAACCAAACAUGGCGUUAAAAAAAAUUGGACAUGAAUUGGACAUGGCAGAGACAAAAUGCUUCACAUUGAAAUCUGAAUUAAAUUACAUGAUGGGAGUUUGUCAAAAGGCGCAAACGGAAACGAGGGGAAGAACUUCUUUGCAAGAGCUAAUGAUGUCGUCUAAAGAUUCAGAUUCAAAAUCUUCGUUUAUACAUUUUGAUUCCAACAGUGAAAUUAUGAUUAGCAAUAAAAUUCGAAAUUACGAAGUUCUUGAAAAAAUUCACAAUGUUGAAGAAAAGCCUGAAGAAAGUUUUGGUAAAACAUUUUUCUAGCUCA